AUGACCAGAUUUGUUGCUUGCAUCGAUUUACAUAACGGGCAAGUCAAACAGAUCGUUGGCGGAACAUUAACUGACGAUCGCGAUGACUCUUUGAAGACAAACUUUGUGUCUGAACAUUCCUCAGAGUUCUAUUCGAAAUUGUACAAAGAAAACAAUGUAAUUGGUAGUCAUGUAAUAAAAUUGGGUCCAAAUAACGACGAAGCAGCAUUGAGAGCAUUAAGAGAAUCACCUUUCUUCUUACAGAUUGGUGGUGGUAUAAAUGACUCCAAUUGUUUGGAAUGGCUGCAAUAUGCUAGCAAAGUUAUCGUUACGAGCUGGCUUUUCACGCAGGAUGGACAAUUUCAACUGUCUAAGCUGAUCAAAAUAUCAAAAAUCUGUGGCAAAGAUCGUCUUGUAGUCGAUUUGAGUUGCAGGAGAACAAAAGAUAAUGAAUGGGUCGUAGCUAUGAAUAAAUGGCAAAAACUAACGGACUUAAAUUUGAAUGCCACGACUUUCCAAAUACUGUCUGAAUAUGCGGAUGAAUUUCUCAUUCAUGCAGCAGAUGUGGAAGGCCUUUGUAAAGGGAUUGAUAAGGAUUUAGUUACUAAUCUAUACCAAUGGACACGUGACCUACCUCAGAAUAUUAAAAUUGUGUAUGCGGGAGGUGCCAAAAGCGUAUCAGAUCUAUCGCUCGUUAAUGAAUUGAGUAAGGGUAAAGUUGAUUUGACCUACGGAAGUUCGUUGGAUAUAUUUGGAGGUAAUUUGGUUAAAUUUGACGAUUGCUGCAAGUGGAAUGAAAAUCAUUAG